AUGACCGCCGCCGCUCCCUCGCUGCCGGCCGACUCGAUUCGCGCCUACGCCACCACCGCCAACCCGGCCCCCGCCGACCCGGCCCCCGCCCCGAAGACCACCAAGGAGGCCCGCGCCUCGCGGUCCGACAUGAAGCGUCUCUUCUCGCUGCUGUCCACCGAGAAGGUCAAGUUGGCAAUUCUCGUUCCCUGCCUGCUUGGCUCUUCGCUCAUCCAGUCUGUCAUCCCCUACUCCACGGGCCAGGUGGUGGACAUGCUGAGCACCUCCUCCAGUGCGGACAUUCUCCAGUACCUGACCUCCCUCGGUGGGGUGUUCACCGUCGGUGCCGCGGUCGGCCUCGUCCGCAUCAUCACCCUCGGCUACUUGCGGGAGAGCGUUGAUCGCCGCCUGCGUGGGGAUGUCUUUGCCUCAACGCUGCAGCAGGAGAGCGACUUCCUCAAUAGUACCCGCUCGUCGGACGUGGCCACCCGGCUGUCGGCCGAUGUGGACGUUGUCGGCGAGACCCUCACCACCAAUGUCAAUGACACCACUCGCGCCCUGGGGCAGAUCUCCGUCGGCAUGACCAUGAUGCUGUACACCUCGCCCAUCCUGACCGCCAAGCUGGCCUUCAUUGUCCCGCCGGUGGCCCUUUUCGCCAUCUUCUUCGGCAGCUACACCAAGCGCAACUCGACCCUCCGCCAGGCGGCCCUGGCCCGGGCCAGCUCCUUCGCCGACGAGCGCCUGGCCGCGGCGAGCAUUGUCCAGGCCAAUGCCCAGGUUGCCCGCGAGGUGGGCACCUACCGCAACCUGAUCGGCUCGGUGUAUGACAUCGGUCGCCGGGUGUCCCGCAUUCGCGGUGUCUUCUACAGCUCGCUCGGCUGGCUGGCCAACAUGGGCAUUGUGUCGGCCCUGUGGUUCGGCUCGCAGGAGGUCCUGGCUGGCAGCAUCACCCUCGGUGGGCUGACCUCCUUCAUGAUCUACACCGGUCUUGUGGGCGCCACCCUGAAGAGUGCGCAGCAUGCAUAA